AUCGUAAAUACGUGGUAGACAAAUAUAUAAGUAUAUACACCGCCCCCGCACGCAAAUGGAAUAUAUUUAUUUACAGCGCGGACUCCAUCUACCCCAUUCAUGCAUUUUAAAUAAUAACCAUUGUUAGUUGCGGAGGGAAAUUAACACGUAGAUAUUUUUCACAGAAAUCGAGAAUUCCCAGGGGGAAGUUUUGGAUAGAAAAACGGUUUCCGAUAAUCGCUGAUGCCGUCCGUGUUGCAUCGAUCUGUUUGUUCAGUUUCUCUAGAUAUUGAAACACUGCGGUAGUUCCAAAAAUAUUCUCCCAAAAAGAUGAAGAAUUUUGAGUUUUAUGUGUUCGCUCUGGUACUUGUGUCUUUGGAACUUAUUGCGACUGAUGCACAGUUUACUUGUUUCCGAAAAUAUCGGGAGAGGAAGGGUAAGGAAUUUUGCAAAGGUCCAUUGAAGAACAGGAAAAAAUUCAACUCACCAGAAACUUGCUGCGCUAAAAAGGGCAAAGGGUUCGCCAUGUCAAUGGUCAAACUUGGUGGAAAAAACAAAUUCCAAUGCAUGUCCUGCAGCGUUUUAAAAAAGACAACCUUGGCACCGACAUUCCCGCCCACGCCGGAAGUGACGACAGGGCUGCCGGAGUGGGGCCGCUGGAACCCGUGCACCGUGACGUGUGGAUACGGUUGGCGGAACAGAUACAGGCUGUGUGACGACUGUGACAAGAACCACUUCAACUACGUCCAGUCCCAGCCCUGCCUGGUCAACUUCUACUGCCCGAUGGACGGGAAUUGGGGUAACUGGAUGGGGUGGAGCAAGUGCUCGGCUGACUGUGGCGGAGGAACAAGAACCAGGGUCCGCCGAUGUAAUUACCCCCCACCCACACACGGCGGCAAAAACUGCCCGGGGCCAGGGGUGAAGGAGGAACCCUGUAACGAAGAGCCAUGCAAAGUUGAUGGACAUUGGGGCACGUGGUCACAGUUUACGCUGUGUAGCGCCACCUGUGGGUCAGGAACCAUGGUGAGAACCAGAACGUGCGACAACCCCCCGGCACAGUUUGGCGGAAAACAAUGCAAUGGGCCUCCUUACGAGGAAAAACGCUGCAAAAAUAAAAACUGCCCAUUACAUGGCGGAUGGUCCAUGUGGGGACCCUGGAGUGAAUGCUCCGUCACGUGCGAUACAGGCGUGGUGACGCGCACGCGCACUUGUGACAGUCCCCGCCCCCUGUUUGGUGGCCGGGAGUGUGAGGGAUCCGCCACUGAUACCAGGGAUUGUACAGCAAACAAGCAAUGUCCAGUGCAUGGCGGAUGGACCUCUUGGACGCUACAAGGACGUUGCAACGCGCCUCGAUGUGAAACCGGAACUUCCAUUCGAUCGCGCAGCUGCACGAAUCCUCGGCCAAGAAAUGGCGGUCGGCCGUGUGUCGGUCGAUCGUACAGCAGGGAAACGUGUGUGAACGACGAGAAUUGUCCCAAGUCUGGUGAGUGGUGUAAUUGGAACGAGUGGUCACAGUGUACGGCCACGUGCACGGGCCUCAACUCCAUGCAGGUGCGCCAGAGGUCGUGUCAGUGCCCGGGGCCCCAGGCAGGUGGCAGCGAGUGCGAUGGAAGCAAGUACGAGGCCCGGGAGUGCGUGAAUGUUCAGCCCUGUAACCCUUACGGCGCCUUCGUGGGUCAGAGAGGAAGAAAAGAUGAAGAUUCCUACAGUACGUCAGUGAACACAACAGAGGAUGCCGGGAAAAAUGAUGAGGAUAUGAAGGUCGUGAUAUCGUGAGAGAAACUGGCAACCAACAGUUUGAUUGAAAAAGACAAAACAGAAGAAAAAUGUGUACUUGAAAGUUUCAAAGAACAUUUUGGGGACAGAAAAUUAUAAGUGACCAUGUUGGUGAACACUACAAACUCCUGGUGGUUUCAAAAAGACCUAUAUUCAUGCUGCAUGGAGAAGUACGAAUUGUUAUAAUGAUUCAUGAAUGUAUAUAAAAUAUAUACCGUGUCAAAUAAAGUUUAAUCGCGACAAAUAAUGCUUCAUCAGAUCAUGAAUACAUUGUAUUGUGUGUUUGUACGUAUAUAUUGAGGUGUACAUAUUUUGUUCGUGGUUGUAUAUAUACGUUCCGUGUUUAUUAUAUUGUGUUUUAUAUGCUGUUUUUGCUAAUAAACCCUUUUU